AUGUGGCUUCCAAACAGCCGUCUCGAUUCAGAAAUGCAAACUGAAGAGAGGGCAGUUGCAAUCUACGACUCCAGCGAUCAGCAAGCACAUUAUGGAAGCAACGGACAAGAAUGGAUGACACGGAGCUUGGUCCCAGUUGAUCUAAAGAAGUCGGAUGUGGGACCUUCGGAACUAGAGUUAUGCAGGCUCGACAUAGAUGUGGGGGACCACCCACAGGUAAUAGUCAUUCCGGACUUACCUUCGUACAGAUCCUGCCAUGACCCAUCGAGCAAAGAGGGCGAUGCCUCUUUACGUCUUUGGAGAUAUAGAAUGGAUGCCGGUGUAGUUGGCUCCCCGGAUCUGCUUUUGGUUAACCGGCAUCCGACGGGACAGCUGACGACGGCGUCGGGAUACAGUUUUCCAAGGGUGUGGGAAUGUCCUGAAGGCAUGGGGGCCCAGAAGCGACAGGACAUGCCUUGGUGUCAUGAUGGCGGGCUACGACCCUCGCCCAAAUGCCAGAAUGCCAGCACUAGCAAGCGAACUGUACCCACGCCUGUAUCCGCUGCGUUUAUCAAUGAAGAGAGCAUUCGACAGCAUGUUCAGUUUAUUUUCCAACCACAACGUCCAAGAAACAUUAAAGUACUGGCCCGGGCUCUUGUCCUCCUGGAUCUCCGGUUGUCUAUUUACGGUGGUAUGUGCGAACGGGUUCUCCCCAUAAUUAGUCCUGCUACCGGAGCGAAGGAGUAUUUCAGUUGGCUGCCCUGCAAGGAUGGAGAGGUGAAGGACGAGAAUUCUGAAAUCGUGGAUGUAAUUGGGUGGAUCGUUGGGGACGUCGAUGAGCUAUCUUCAGAUAGAGAGCUCCUUUCUCUUAUAAAUGACGUCGAUAGAGGCUCUUUUACAGAGGUUUCCAACUUAUGCUCUUUGUACAACAGGACUAUAAUGCAACUCAUUCGUCAGUGGGACAGGUGUGGAGUAAAGCCUGAGUUUCUCCGUCGAAAAGCCUCUCGUGAACAUGUGAAGUUUAUACUGUGUCAGUGCUACAAUCGGGCUGUUGCCGAGCCUGAUAAAUUGAACCAGUAUCCACCGUUCUCUCCUCAGGUGUACGGGGAGACCUCAUUUGAAUUGAUUUCACAAAUGAUCGAUACGGUGAAGAUCACUUCAGAAGACCAUUUCAUUGAUUUGGGUAGCGGAGUGGGACAAGUCGUUCUUCAAGUGGCUGCUUGCAGCGAAGCGAAGUUUUGCUACGGAGUUGAGAAAGCAGAGUAUCCCGCGAUAUGUGCUUCCAGACUUGACAUGGAGUUCCAGAGAUGGAUGGCUUUUUACGGAAAAUCAUAUUGCCCUUACCUGUUGGAGCGUGGGGAUUUCCUUUCAUCGGAUUUCCAAGAGAGGAUAACAUCAGCAACUGUAUUGUUUGCAAAUAAUUUUGCUUUUGGUCCCGAAGUUGACCAUCAGUUGAAACAGCGCUUUGCCAACUUGAAAGAAGGUGCUCGCAUCAUCUCAUCCAAAGCCUUCUGUCCAUUGAAUUUCCGCAUUACUGAUCGAAAUCUCGGAGAUAUCGGUUCAAUCAUGCACGUGAGCUGCCUCAACCCGAUCCAGGAUGCGGUUUCGUGGACUGACAAGCCGUUCAGUUAUUAUGUGCACACAAUCGACCGUUCAUUGCUUGAACGGUAUUUCUCUCGCUUGAAGAAUCCGAAUCUAAAGGAUGAAGCUGAGAUUGUUCGUCGUGACCGUAAAGGACGAAUUAUCUCUGACCAGACUUCAAAGGAAGAUGGGGUGACUUUCAAGGCUAUGCCACACAAGGCUGACCAUUCCAGGUCGUUACCAACUGCCAGCCGUAAUCGUCGUUCAAGAUCUCUCAAUUGUGUCACAUCCAGAAAGCAUUCUCAGUCUAAUCCCAGGAAUUUGCGUUCAAACGGGCACAGCUCCAUUUCUCCCGAACUGCUGAAAACUGUGAAUCAGUCUGUGUCACCGAAGACAACUGUGAAGUCUAUGGAGGCGAAGUCUACAUCAUCAGCUUCCCCGAGAAAAUCCACACCAUUGAGCGCGAGGGUGCGAAGACGUUUGGCUGCUCUAUCACUCGCUUCGACGGCCUCAUCCAAGAGUGAAAUUCAAAGGUCAUCAAGUUUCCCAGCUCUCACAACCACUUGUAGUGGACAUACCACCCCGUCCGGCUCAACUUCGAUUGCCUCGGGCGCUUUGUCAAAUGAGGAAUGUUCCACUUUGGUUAGUGCGUACACUGAAAUUGAUAAGCAAAAGCAAGAGGCUGAUCUCUGCUAUUCUCCUCCAGACGAUGCUCAUCUCCAUCACUCUUCAGGGUAUCGUCCCACAGCGACCUGUUGGACCUCUUCAUCAUCCUCAUUUGCAUCGUCUAUAUCUUCUGCAAACACUCGAUCCCCCGCACAGUUACCUGAUGAGAUAUUUGUUCACCCUUGUUCCGAUGCGGUCGUUACAUCUAGUGAUCUCAGGGAGCAUCCGGCGUUAACUAACGGUAUAGUAACCAAAGUUGUUCAUCAGGAUGGUCGUCGACCAAGUCAGUUCACUGAUUCUUUGAAAAACAACACCUCGGAUGAACCGGAAUCGAAAUCCGUUAACGGUGAUGUUACCCUUGUUGCGACUUCGAGUUUGGAUAUCGAAGCGAAUACCAGUGUUGCUAAGCGUCGGGCUGUUCGAAAAUGCCGUCAGUUAAUUACUUCUACUAGUGGUCCCUCCAAUGCCUUGUCAACAACUGGCGAACUCACAACCUCUGAGCAGAAACGGGAUCGCAGAAGCCUGCGCAAAUCGGGAUCUCUCUCAGGUACACGAAGAAGGAAUGCCAGAACUCAGCUACGGACCCCAACGAAUCGGGUUGAACAAACUGUCUUGAAAGCACAUUUGAAUGCACUUCAUGACGAAGUUAUUGCUCAGGUUGCAGGAAAACCUUGUGAAGCCUUCGGCAAGAAUGAACCGGUCAUGUCCUCCUUCACAGCUCAUUAUCAACCUUGUGAACUAAGAUCUCUGAAGGAAGCAAAGGACCAUGCAGCCUUGACUUCAGAAGACGUGAGCACCGGUUGUUCCGCUCGUGUGGUUCCUCUCGCUUUAACACAGUUUCUCGAGUUAUCUAAACGCGUGUUCAUGGAUCACUUUGGUAUGCUACAAUCUCCGGCCUAUGCGUCUACUGUGCGUCAACAACUGGAGUUGGAGCAAGCAAGACAAGCAAAAUUGUUAGAGCACACUCGGUCUACGGAACAGGCGAUCGCCAAGCUGCACGCUGAUGGAACCGAAUUGUUACACCGUUUCACCAAACGACUUGGGAUUCUGAUCUCCACACCUUCGGCCUUCUUUGCGCAAGCACGCAAACUGAUCAAGCAUCAUCACAUGUUAGAGGCGAAAAUUUCUGAAUAUCGGAAACAGAUUGCAGAAUUGUCGGCUGCCAACCAGGAACUCGUCCGCAGACAUCAGGCUGAAGCAGCCCGAUUACUAUCUACCGCUCUGCAUACAACUAUGCCUCCACAGUCAUUGUCCCACUCUCGUCAGUGCCAGUCUAGCCGCCCAACCAUUGGUGACUCCGGACCCAGUGAUCUUUUGUCAGAAUCACCGAUUCUAACGACUGCUUUAACCAAUAUCCCACCUCCACCAGCUCUCACUAAAGCGUGCCCCCGACGGCAGUCACAUUUUGGUCCAAAUUCCAACCCCAGUGAAACCCGUGUGCCUUACAAGCUUUCGGAAGAUGUUGGUCAUACUCCGCGUCCCGAUGCAGAUCCCACAAAUUCGAUGUGGUCCGCGAGUGAUCAUCCACCCGUCCUAAUCCGCUUGCGCGAACGACUGGAAGGAUCUCAAAUCCCACCGCCUCCCCCUUUGCUCCCCAUGCACACACAAUCCUCUUCUCUCAGCGUUGCUCCGAUUCUCGUCCAGUCUGUCCCUACAACCUCCGUUUCGCCGUCGCGCGUAUCUACCUGUAACACUGCUGCAUCCACUCCUCUCAAAACUCCUAUUUCUUCUAAUCUGUUCUCUCUGGGCUUUCACUCACGUCAGAGCACAAAAUCUAUGCAUACUUCUUUACAAGAUCUGAUUGUGGACGAGUUUUCGAAACAAUCUCCUUCAGAGAUCGGGCCCAUUGGCAAACCGUCGAUCCUCUCUUCGCAAUCCACCAUCCCUUGCUUGCCCCAGUUCUCACUUCCUCCUCGUAAGCGCGCUUGGGACCCCAUUCAUCCUCAUCAGUCGGCCAUUCCCCAGCCAAAUGCCAAAACUCCGCGCAUCUGCUCGCCAAGCACGCCACAUCGCCUAGCCACUUGCACCAAUCUCAGCCCGCCUACCUUAUCACCUGUAGAACUGCGGACUUCGCAAAACAAGUGCGAAUCAGAACAUCACUUUUUACCGCACCCAAAAGCACAUGUUCAACCUGAUAGAGACAAUAGGAAUACAAUUAACCUAUCCACUUCAAACGUUCCACCUCCGCCUCUUUUAUAUUCUAGUCAUAUUAACUAUAGUUCUAAUAACUAUGCGGCAUCCUGUGAGAACUCAAGCUCCCCGCCCUCCUUGCCUUCCAUACCAGUCAUGAUUGCACAAACCCUCGGUCCGUGAUUGUCAUCCCCGCCCUUGGGUUUGCUUUUCCCUUUCGGUUUCCCACCACAUGUGUUCGGCACCCUAUGUUCCGUCUACCCUUCUGUAAAUGCUCCGUGUACAUAAUUUUCGUCCUGUUGGAUUCUUUAUUAGGAUAAUCUAACGGCACAUUUUCACGACUCCUUAGCAUUGUUCGCUUUAUUUUUCGUUUGGUUCCUAUGUCUACGUCAAGUUCACAUUCAUCGUCAUCAUGAUCAACCAAGUUGGUUACAUAUCAUUUCCAAGCGUUUAACUGUGGUCAGUAUACCCCAGGUUUUGAUUCUAGCUUGCAAACGGGACCCAUUGGAAUAGGCGUGUGUUUGAUAGUGCUUACCAAUUCGAGUGUGGUUCGCAAUUUGUUUCUAUAUUAGCUCUAUUCAACCUUAUUUCCCUGUACACAGACGUUGUCUUUUUGACCUUAGCGAUUUAUUGUGAGUAAUGUUUCCCUUGGCAGCAAUCAUGACCUUACAAGUUUGCAGCCGCUCUGCUGGACCCAGUGCACGUAGCUUAUGCUUUAUUCCUAGGUUUUGUACAGUUGCACAUGCUGUCUUUCCUGUCCUUCCUACUAUUGCACUAACUGAUUGCUUGCUUCUUCCCUUAGGAGUGUACCUAUCCGGUAAUGCUUUGUGUGUAUGUGUUGGUGAUGGUCUUUUGUUCAUGCUAAAAACCACCAGGCCUUUAUGAUUGGUAGUCUUUUUUCUAUUGUGAAGCCUUUCAAUGCUAUUUAUAUUUGUCUGUUACUCUGUUAUCCAACACGGUAAUGUUCGUGUGGUCCUCCUAUUCUACACUUCCGUACGAAUUGUGAAUGUUUUUACCAGAAAGUUUAAUGCUUCCCUAGUACUUCUUAAUUAUUCUUG